GGGAGUUGUAGUCGCUCCCGUCCGCCCGCGGUCGGUGUGCGCGUCAUGGCUGCUGGCACCGCGCUAGCGCCCGCGCGCUCUUCCGCUUGGCCCCAGAAAGUUUCGGUUCUGCGCGGCGGUGGACCCAAGACCGCGUGCCACCAUGAAGUCUGACCACUGCUGACCAGCCAGCCUCAGAGCACCAAGUUCCAGCCUUCCUCCAGACCCACACGGUCAGGGAAGGUGGACUCACCAUGGCUUCCACCAGCGCCGAGAGCCAACUCCAGAGAAUCAUCCGCGAUCUGCAAGAUGCAGUGACAGAACUAAGCAAUGAGUUUAAGGAAGCAGGAGAGCCCAUCACAGAUGACAGCACCAGCUUGCACAAGUUUUCUUAUAAACUUGAGUAUCUUCUGCAAUUCGAUCAGAAAGAGAAGGCCAGCCUCCUGGGCAAUAAGAAAGACUACUGGGAUUACUUCUGUGCCUGCCUGGCCAAGGUGAAAGGAGCCAACGAUGGGAUCCGAUUUGUCAAGUCCAUCUCGGAGCUUCGAACAUCUCUGGGGAAAGGAAGAGCCUUUAUUCGCUACUCUUUGGUGCAUCAGCGGUUGGCAGACACCUUACAGCAGUGCUUCAUGAAUACCAAAGUGACCAGCGACUGGUACUAUGCAAGAAGCCCCUUUCUGAAGCCAAAGCUGAGCUCUGACAUCGUGGGCCAACUCUAUGAAUUGACUGAGGUUCAGUUUGACCUGGCAUCGAGAGGCUAUGAUUUGGAUGCUGCCUGGCCAACAUUUGCUAGGAGGACACUGGCUGCCGGCUCUUCUGCUUACCUAUGGAAACCCCCUAGCCGAAGUUCCAGCAUGAGCAGUUUGGUGAGCAGCUACUUGCAGGCUCAGGAGAUGGCCUCCAGCUUUGACCUUAGCAGUCCCCUAAACAACGAGGCCCUGGAGGGCUUUGAUGAGAUGCGGCUAGAGCUGGACCAGCUGGAGAUGCGGGAGAAGCAACUGCAGGAGCGUGUGCAGCAACUGGACAGGGAGAACCAGGAGCUAAGGGCAGCGGUCAGCACGCAGGGAGAGCAGCUACAGGUGGAGAAGGAGAGGGGACACACUGCGGCAGAGGACAACAUCCGCCUCAUGGGCCUGGUAACCGAGCUCCAGAAGCAGUGCGAGGUCACACAGGCUACCCAGAACACUGUGAAGGAGUUGCAGAUGUGCCUACAGGCCCUGGAGCUGGGUGUGGCCAUGAAGGAAGAUGGCCACUCAACUCUGCAGCAGCUGGAGGCCAUGCUGCAGCCCCUGGCACGGGAGCUCGAGGCUGCACGGGAUUCCCUGGGCAAGAAGGACCAGCUUCUAACCAGACUCUCGAACUGGCUGGCCAGGGCUGAGCAGAAGGCAGAUCCAGCACUGGACACGGAGUGGCAGCAAGAACACAUGCCCACUGAUUCGACCCUGAAGAUCAAGGAGCUGGGGGAAAAGCUUCAGGCCCUAGAAAGGGAGAGCACCAAGGUCCAGGAGCUCAACCAGCAGCAGAGUGCCCAGCUGGAGCAGCUGGCCAAGGAGCUUCAACUGAAGGAGGAGGCUGUGGCUGGCCUGGAGCGCCAAGUGAAGGAGAUCGCCCCACUCCAGGAAGAGCUGUCUGGGAAGGGGCAGGAGGUAGCCCUGCUCCAGCAACAGCUGCAAGAGUCACUGGCCCACUUGAGCUCCCUGAAGGACGAGCUGGCAGGGGUAAAACAGGAAGAACAGCGGAGGCGGGAAGAGAAGGAGCUGCUGGAGCAGGAGGCUAGGUCGCAAACCCGGCAGCUACAGCUCCUGGAGACCCAGCUGGCCCAGGUGAAUCAGCGUGUGAGCGACCUGGAGGAGCAGAAGAAGCAGCUCAUCCAGGACAAGGACCACCUCAACCAGAAGGUGGGCACUUUGGAGCGGCUUGCUGAGCAGCCAAGUGCAGAGCAACCUGCGAUCAGUGAGAGGAGUGAGUCCCUGGGCCCCCUGCACAACACCUUGCAACAGCCCUCUGAGAAGCCUGAGGAGGGGCAGCAGUGCCUACUGAAGGGCCAGAUGGACAGCGCUGAGGGACAGCAGGGCACCCAGGAGGAGGAGCUCCAGCAGGCCAACAGGGAGCUGCAGAAAGAGUUGCAGAACAUGGUUGAGCGCAACCAGCUCCUGGAGGGCAAGCUGCAGGCCCUGCAAGCCGAUUACCAGGCCCUGCAGCAGCGGGAGGCAGCCAUCCAGGGCUCCCUGGCCUCUCUAGAGGCUGAGCAGGCCAGCAUCCGGCAGCUGGGUGACCAGAUGGAGGCCAGUCUCCUGGCUGUAAGGAAGGCCAAGGAGACCAUGAAGGCCCAGGUUGCCGAGAAGGAGGCUGCCCUGCAGAGUAAGGAGGGUGAGUGCCAGCAGCUCCGGAAGGAGGCAGAACAGUGCCGGCAGAUGGCAGAGGCCCAGAGCCAGGAGCUCAGAGCUUUAGAGAGCCAGUGCCACCAGCAGACCCAGCUGAUUGAGACCCUCACCACAAAGGAAGGCCAGCAAGGGCUCGGCCCACCCCAAGAUGACGCAGUCCAGCUGGCCAUAUCUCAAGCGCAGCUGGAAAUCCAUCAGGGGGAGGCCCAGCGGCUGCAGGCUAAGGUGGUAGAGCUCCAGGCUAAGCUCCAAGCAGCCCUAGAUGACCAGGACAAGGUGCAGAGCCAGUUGUGUGUGGCUGAGGCAGUUCUGAGGGAGCACAAGACCCUGGUGCAGCAGCUAAAGGAGCAGAAUGAAGCCCUCAACAGGACCCACGUCCAGGAGCUGCUGCAGUGCUCAGAGCGGGAAGGAACGCUGCAGGAAGAGAAGGCUGAUGAAGCCCAGCAGAGAGAGCAGGAGCUGCAGGCCCUGCGGGAGGCACUGACCCAAGCAAAAUGCACCUCUGAGGAAGCCCAACUGGAGCAUGCUGAACUGCAAGAGCAACUGCACCGGGCUAACACCGACACAGCCGAGCUGGGCAUCCAGGUCUGUGCACUGACCGCAGAGAAGGAGCGGGUGGAGGGAGCACUGGCCUGUGCUGCCCAGGAGCUCCGGGACUCCAAAGAGGCAGCUUUGAGGGAGCGAGAGGUCCUGGAGCGCCAAGUGGCCGGGCUGCAGCAGGAGAAGGAGAACUUGCAGGAGAAGCUGAAGGCAGCUGAGGAGGCAGCCCACUCCCUGCCUGGCCUGCAGGCCCAGCUGGCCCAGGCCGAGCAGCAGGCCCAGAGCCUUCGGGAGGCUGCACAGCAGGAGCAUGACACUCUCAAGUUCCAGUUGAGCACUGAGAUCAUGGACUAUCAGAGCAGACUGAAGAGUUCCAGCGAGGAGUGCAAAGGCCUCAGGGCCCAGCUUGAGGAACGAGGUCGGCAGCUGCAGGCCGCCGAGGAGGCUGUGGGCAAGCUGAAGGCCUCCCAAGCAGACAUGGGACAGAAGCUGAGCUGCACCAGCAACCGUCUUUCAGAGUGCCAGGCUGCCAUGCUGAAGAAGGACAAGGAGGGGGCUGCCCUGCGGGAGAACCUGGAAAGGACCCAGAAGGAACUUGAAAAGGCCACAAUAAAAAUCCAAGAGUAUUACAACAAACUCUGCCAGGAGGCGAAAGACCGGGAGAGAAAUGACCAGAAGAUGCUCGCAGACCUGGAUGACCUGAACAGAACCAAGAAGUACCUCGAGGAACGGCUGAUAGAGCUGCUCAGGGACAAGGAUGCUCUCUGGCAGAAGUCAGAUGCCCUGGAAUUCCAGCAGAAGCUCAGUGCUGAGGAGAGGUGGCUUGGGGACACGGAAGCAAACCACUGCCACGACUGCAAGCGAGAGUUCAGCUGGAUGGUGCGGCGGCACCACUGCAGGAUAUGUGGCCGCAUCUUCUGUUACUACUGCUGCAACAACUAUGUCCUGAUCAAGCACAGUGGCAAGAAGGAACGCUGCUGCCGAGCCUGUUUCCGGAAGUUCAGUGAAGGCCCUGGCUCUCCUGAUAGCACCAGCUCAGGCACUAGCCAGGGAGAGCUCAGUCCCAUGUUGUCACCAACCCAAGCUGGGUCCCAGGCCAUAGGAAACCAAGGAAUAAACUCAGACUUCAGGCCACCAGAUGACGCUGUGUUUGACAUCAUCACAGAUGAGGAAUUGUGCCAGAUCCAGGAAUCCGGCUUCUCCUUACCUGAAACACCCACUGAAACUGACUCUUUUGAUCCAAAUGUGGCCGAACAAGACACCACGUCAAACUCCCUAACUCCUGAGGACACUGAGGACAUGCCCGUGGGGCAGGAUGCCGAAAUCUGUUUGCUGAAAUCUGGUGAACUGAUGAUCAAAUUACCACUCACAGUGGAAGAGAUUGCCAACUUUGGGGAGGGUAACAGAGAGCUGUUUGUGAGAUCCAGUACCUACAGCCUGAUCCCCAUCACUGUGACCGAGGCAGGCCUCACCAUCAGUUGGGUCUUCUCCUCUGAUCCCAAGAGCAUCUCCUUCAGCGUGGUCUUCCGAGAGGCAGAGGACACACCACUGGACCAGUGCAAGGUCCUCAUUCCCACGACCAGAUGCAAUUCCCACAAGGAGAACAUCCAGGGCCAGCUGAAGGUCCGCACGCCCGGCAUCUACAUGCUGGUGUUCGACAACACCUUUUCCAGCCCCACAGAAUUUCCAUGCCACGGGGACUGCCUCUGCUCACGUCACUGGACUCUUAAUGCCCAAAGAAGGGGCUCAGGAAAUACAGUGGAGAGGCCAGACAAAUGCGUGAAGGAGAAAGAGAGGAACGGGAGGUUUGUCUCAAAAAAAGUAUUUUACCACUUGGCAGUUGACCGGCCUGUGAUCUAUGAUGGAAGCGAUUUCCCGUAGCAUGAAACACCUGGACGGUAACUUCACUUCAUCCACAGGAAACACUACAUUUCCUCUCCUGCCACAUGAAGCACACACAUACACAUACACCCAAAAAAAGAAAAAAGGAAAAAAAAAAAAGAAAAAGAAAAAAGAAAAAAAAAAUGACUGUGCCCAGGCUCACUGGCUUGCUGCUCUGGAAGAAGCCCUGCACUGCCGCUGCUCAGAAGCUGAGCGUCUCGGGGCACUGUGUACUCUGUGCCAUGCACCUGUCCCUUUUAGCCCCAUGGCUCCUAAGGGCUCAAGUGACAUUUACAUUGAUGACAUUUCCCAGCUGUCCUUACUCCCAAAGGGACAUCCUGCCAAAGGUGUAAACCUCAGGAGACCGCCAGCUUCUCCUAGGUGCGCUGUUGAUUGCAGCCUCCUGUGGAGAGUUUCGUAAGACCCCUGUGGCCCUGAUUCCCACCCCUGGAGACAGAUGUCCUGCUUUGUCCCACCCACACUCAGCCAGGCUUCCUGGUGACCCUAGCCACACCCUGUGAGUCCUCAGGCUCUGAAGCCCUUGAGGACUCCCAGGAAAAGGAGGCCAUGGGGCACCAUGCAAGUUGAAGCACAGGGAUUGGGGGUGCAUCCUGUCACGUGGCAGUCCCUUACUGCCCCAGGGAGUCUGGGGCUGCUCUAGUACUCAGCAACUUGGUAGGGGCCUCUGAGGUGAAUUUCCUCCUGGCCCUCUGUCUGGGUGACCCCAUUCCCAGGCAAAGCCCUCCACUAGCUCAAAACAUCACCCUAAGAAUCAACUGAAGAUAAUCUAGGAUACAAAGCCCAAAUGCUGGCUGAAAUUGACACCGUGUCCAAGGUGCGGAACUAUGCUUUGGCCUUCAGGGCUGGCUGCAGGCACGGCUUACUAAUGAGCAGAACCCAGGCAAGACCACUCUCAAACACUGGGGCCUUCUUAGCAAAAUUCUUUGGUAACUUAAGAACCAAAGUAACAGAGGAAACAGCCAUACAAAGGAAGCAGAGACAUAAAUUAUUCUUGGUCCCUUGUCCCCACCUGCCAGAUUCCCAAUACCCCACUUGUCACUUCCUUCUGUUCAGCCUGCACUGACACCCAGGAAACAUAGCCCCUGGACACAGGGGGUCCUGUUUCCUUUUCCUGGACAAGAGUGAAAUGCUCUUCAUGUUCUCUGUGGCCCUUCUCCCAGCACAGACAGCUCUACUUCGAUGGCCUUUGUGUCCUAUGUGAAGCCAGUCACCUGCAGUCAGGUCCCAGGUACUUCCAUAGGACAUCAGACAAAAUGGCCAAGGGUGAGCGAAGAAACACCAUAAAGGUUGACUGAGGAUCUGAGUAUGGGGCCCAGCCGUUGCUCCAAGUUGGCCUUGGGACCCAAGGCCAGUCAGACCAACUCUCAGAACCCUGGACUAAUUGAUUUGGAGGGACUGAGAAUGGGCAGGGACUCCAGGCCCACCAUGCACCGUGGCUUCAAUCAUCACUAGCAAAAAGGAUGCUCAGGGGCCAUGAGUAAGGGGACAUAGCCUCUGACAUGGACUUGGGCCUUGAAACAGGAGUGGGCACUUGCCAGUGAAGAGGGCAAGAAUGGCCAACAGCAUUUUCAGAGAGCUAGGCCCUUUGUAUUCUGGGUUCUCAGAGCAGCCUGUCUGGCAGAAAGCCACCAGGUACUCUUGUCUCUUCCUCGCCAGGGCCUGACUGCUCAGCACUGAGACAGAAAAUGGCCGGACCCCCGGAGAUGCCCUAGCCUGUGUCCUCACAGGCAUGCCCAUGGCCUGAGAUUACUCAGGAGCAGAUUAUUUUUCCUUUAAACCCAUCUAUCCCUUCACAAAGAAUCAUCCAGUGUCAUCUUAUUCCCGCGACAAAGAAGCUAUCAAGAGCCCCAGUACAGUCUGAGGUCUUAAUUUGAGGUUUGGCUUUCCCAAGAUGCCUUGGAGACUGGCCUGGCUGAUGGCCUUCAACUGGUAUCCACACUACAGUCUGCAACAAAACCACCUUUCAUUGAGUAGCUGAUGUGUUUGGGGCCUAUGAGGGACCUGGGACCGUUCAUCUGAGUUCCAUUCUAAAUAUCUGUCACUUGUCACAGCAGAGGACCAAUUGCACCUUCAAAGACCACCUGGCCCUUGUGAAGCCAACCAGAUUUACUCCUCCCAGAGAGCUGGGUCUGACCUUGGCGCAGCCCCCCUCCAGCAUUGACUGCCCUUGUGUGGGAACUGGCCUUUGCCCUGGACUGAGGUGACCUAGUGCCCCAGCGGCCCUUCCUCUUUGGUUUCAUUAGCAUAUUUAUUUUUGUGCUGAAUGGACCUUGGUAGUACAUUAGUUCACCGUUCAGGCUCCAGUGUGCUGUGCACCGUGUCGCUAGAGAACGUCUUGGCCUAUUUAAGUGUGAUUUUUACAAAUGGCUUUAUUCUUUUAAACAGUUCCCAACUUUACUGAGGUUUGAAGGUUGGGGUAAUUUUUUUUUUUAAUGCAAAUGACAAUUGAUGAAUUACUGCCAGAGAUGGCAGCCCCAGCUAGACUGAGUGACACUAGAAAUCCCUUGGGAUCCCAGAUUCCUUUUUUGUUUGUUUGUUUUAAUAGCAGCCCCUUGGGACAGCUCAGCUCUGGGGAUAAUGAUCAUAUUUAGUAAUGAUACGAGCCGCCUUGUUCACCUACCACUGAAGCCACAAUCACCUUCGCCCAAGAGAGACACCAACUACCAGACACACUCAUCCACCAACAAGGAAGCGUGUUUGCCAUAAAAUGUGCUCCUCCACGUCUGAGUGGACUCUACAGCACAAUGGACUCCAGGUAGACUGGACCAAGAACAGGCAAAGAAAUUUCUUAAGCAAGAAUCUGGAACUGAAAAACGCCAUGGGGUUUGGAAAGUAGAAAUGAAAAACCACAUAAUAAAACUCAAAGGAGAUGGUGCUUCUGAAGAUUUUCAGCUGUCGCCUAAGGUGGUGAAGCCACUCCAGGCCCAGAUAAGAGGAAAUUUCACUUGGAGAUGAAAUUUCAGAGUCUGUUUCAUGUGAUUAGAUGGUGCACUGUGGUCAGGUGGUUUAUGAGUUGCAUUUGUAAAAGUCCACCUGGAUGGUUCUACCUGUGAGAAUUCUUUAGACCAAGAAACCAGCUUGGCUCUGAGGUAUUGGGAAGUAAAGCAGAGAGAAGCCCUUGGUGGUGCUUAGAACCAAGGACUCUCACAGACAAAGACCAUAGAGACAACUCUUCACGUUUACAAAACUAGGUGCCUCUCAGUGGAAGCUUUCUUCAUUUAAUUGCAGUUCUUCCUAGGAAAUGGAAGACUGGAUUCAUUAAUUCCCUUUUCCCUCUUAAGCACUUUUUUAAAAUAAUAAAGUAUAACUUUAAAUUGCAGGAGAAACAUCUCUGAUAGGGGAAAAAAAACAAAGGAAAGCUUUUCUAGAACUUUAUGGAUGAGUGUCAUCUGGAGGUGCUCUGCCUCUGGUGACUGCAGGGUGACACUCAGCCUUCCCUGGAAGGCUUCAAUUGGAAUGCACUUUAAUCAAUGAAUCUUCACUUGAGUGGCCUUAUGGGAUGGCGAGUCAGGAGCCCAUUUCAAUCUUAUCUGCCAAAGAAUUACUCAAAAGCACAUCAAAUACCAAAUCUCACCAACACAGUGGGGGUGAGAAAUUUUUGUAUCCCAAAACAUAUUCCUUUAUAACAUCUGCUACACCAUUUGGAAAUAUUUUUAACCUCAGAAUUUAAAUAAAGUAAACACUAUGACCUUC